CAGUUCGCAGGUAUGUGCGAAGAAGAACAGGAAGCCAGCAGUUUGAGACUCCUCCGAUCGACGCAGAUGCUUCGGCCGACUCCCUUCUUUCCGUGAUUCAGGAUUCAGCUGUGCUCCACUCAUUCAGGUCGUCGAGCUUUAACUAGGAGAUCCUGAAAGUUUUCGUCGGUGUUUAACCUUCACUUUAGACAUCUUGGCUGUAGGCUGAAAAGUUAGGGCGUGUUUUAAUUUGAAGUGUUGGAGAGACACGCUGCCUCCUCCUCCGCCACCACCUCCUCCUCCCUCUUCUAACUGGAUGCUAGUUCGGUUACCCUUUGCAUGUCGUCGCCCUCCUAGUUUUGGAGUUGUGUUUUAGUCUGCUUUUUUAACUUAUUUUUGACGAAAGCUUGGGAGAAGAUGGGAUGUACUCUGAGCACGGACGACAAGGCGGCUCAGGAGCGGAGCAAGAUGAUCGACAGGAACCUGAGGGACGACGGAGAAAAGGCUGCCCGGGAGGUGAAGCUGCUGCUGCUGGGUGAGAGAAACACACGGACACAGGGACUCAGGUCUACAUCUGUUUGCUGGAGAGGGACCCUCCCAAAUCCGUUCAGUUUUCUGCAAACACACAGGAGCUUUUCCAGAUUUAUCAUGAGUACACCAGCUUGAUUUAGAGCUGGGAGAAACUUGACGCUGUAAACUUUGUAGAUACUACAUAACACGGUGAUACUGUAAUUAGCAUAAAAUUAAGGUAUGCUCAAGUUAGUCUGUUGUCUUGUGUUAGCUAAACUCAGCUCAGGAUGUAAACCUUUCAUUGGUUUAGUUCUAAUCCGCAGUUUCAGUCAGCUCAACAAUUAGCUGUUGAGCUAGGUUAGCAUACCGACGCUAGCCUGGGUUUAGCUAAGUUGCGUAAAGCUUCAACAAUGUCUAAACUCUCAACAGGUCUACCUCAAAAAUGUCUCUAAUGCUUUCGUAGUUCCACUUAUACCGCCUUUAGUGCAUUUUAAAAUCUAGUUUCUAGGCCAAUACCCAGCGUUUAAUGAUAUAAAGGAACAUUUUACACUAAAGGCCGAUUGACUCUGUAGCCUGCGUUCAUCUAACAAAUAUGCCAGAGCCGAUAAUAACCUCUGAUUUUUUUUUCUUCGGGUUUUAUAUAAAUGUACGCCCUUAAAACGUUAAAGUUUAGGCCUGUAGUAGUAUUAACCUCAUAGUGGUGAGAGUUAAGCCAAUGAACCUCCAAAACCUGCGAGGAUGAGGUUGGUAAAUUGUACUUACACACCCUGUUUGUGUGUCUGGUGAUUUGACUACGGUGGUCAAGCAGGCAGGGUAAAUUGAAGCUGUCAGACUUAUUAGUAAAAUCGUUUCAUUGAAGUGUAAUGUCGCCUUUCCGCCUGAAGGCUGUUUCUCCAUGUCUUGAUUGUGUCUCUUAUUAGCUACCUAUGACCACUGGUAGCUGCCUCAGUCAGGGAAAGACAGGCAGGCAGGACGUUGCAUAGCAACCUGGUCAGCUUUCCUGACCGCAAUAAUCAUCUAUGGCAACUGUAUUAAACACACACACACACACACACACACACACACACACAUACAUACAUACAUACAUACACAACAUAUACAUCCAGUGUAUGCUAAUUGGAUGUUUCCCCACUCUAUGGACUCUGCAUCCAUCUUGAAAAUGCAACCUAUCCAGUCUGUGUGAUGAUGUAUUUUUGGUACAGUCCAGUCCGUGUGUCAUCACAAGAAUCACAGGUUUGUUUUCAGACAUGUGAUUUUGCCACAGCCACAGACACUAAACAUUGCUCAGCUGCACCAGCUGCCUCAUGUAUAUUUUUGAGUCAUUUGAGAAGGACCUGAUUUGAAUGUUCAUGGUUGCUUUUGUUCCCUUGUCACGGCUCCCACAAGCACCUGCAUGAUAUGCCUGACAUUGGUUUGUGGAUUUGUUGUCUGAUGGAGAAAUUACCUUGUGGCUUUAAACAUAUGAAGCCAUUUUACCUCUGUAUUUUUUAUGUUGUUGUUUUGUUAUACAGUGUGUAUUCCUGUAGUGGGCAAAGAUACAUAGCUUCACCAAACAAUCAUAUCGUAGUUUGUGUUCUGUCCACAUCCCACCAGGGUUGUUUGCAUGUGAUAUGCUCCUGAGGAAAGUGAUUUGAGUGGGCGGGCUGCCUCAGAUGAAGACCGUAUGUGCACACAAUAAAAGAGAUUGAUCUUUUGUUAUUGUGUAACAGCAUUUUUGUGUUGUGUAGCAUAAAAGGAAACACAGAAGAGAUGCUGGCCUGGUGUUUGUUGUCCUCUGUUGAGAUAUCUGCAUCUCUUUUAUGGCCUGAGGGAAAUGUCUUUCCUGCACCAGCAGUGUACCUCGAUCAAACCUCUGAGCUGAGUCACCAACCUGAACCGCUUCAUGUCAUCCGCUUUUUCCUAAAAUUCAUCCAGCCUUUUAGAUUGUGUGUUCUGAUAUUUACAUUAAUCUUAGCUUUGUUUUUGGUGUGCUUGGCUGUUUAUCAUGUGGGACAAUGAAUUGGUGAACAGUUCUUCCCACUAGGGAGCUGAGAGUCUCUGCACAGGUAGGGUAAUUAAAAUGUUGUGUGCUCAGCUGAAAACAUGCCUACAUCUCAGAGGGAGCCAGAGACCCAAAAGGCAAUGCACGAAAUGCUUCUGUCCUUGUUGUUUGUUUGUUGGCUUCACAAAUCAAACACAUCAGAUAAAUCUGACAGCGUUUAGUGCAGGUAGUGUGAUGAAGCAUGAGUGUCUAACACAGGGACAUUUAAGUGGUGUGUAAUCUCAUUACCAGGAGGAUCUUGUUGAUUAAUCCAAUUGCAGUGUCACCUGGCUCAAUCAGGCCUUACACAUAUCCUCGCUGUGUUUUUCUGUCACCGGACAACACGUAGUAUGUUGCAGCUAACGUUAGCUUUCUAUUAAGGUAGCAAAGGUUUGUCUUUUGUGUUGAUGACACUUGAUGGCUAAACUCUUACUUUGACUGUUGUGUUUUAAUAGCAGGUUGAGUUAAGUGUGUUUGCAGUUAAGUGACUUGACACGUUUCCUUUGUCUGAGUAAAGGGAAAGGAUUUUUUUAAUUGUAAUCCUGCAACAGCAGACUUGUUCAUUAUCAAAGUCAUUUUGUCAGAGAAAAAAAAAACACCAAAAGUUGAAUUAACUGUUGUAAAAAGAUCACACAUAAAACAUGAGUUUUUAGUUAAAUAAACUGUGUUAAUGAUAUAAUUUUAGCCACGGUUUUAAACGUGUACUCCAAAGGGUUAUUGCAAACUUUUAAGAUUAUAGUUUUGAGGGGGGAAAAAAAUCUGAUGCAGGCUUCCUAAUGAAACAUUUUUCUUUCUAUGAUGGUUGUCUUAUAGUUGUUGGUAGUGGAUACUGAAUAAUUACUUAAUGUCUGAUUUUGACCUUUUGUAAGCCCAUCUUGAUCUCUCUCUCAAAGAGCAUUAUUAGAUAACAAAAGAGACCUUUGCAGCUGGUACAAGCCUAAAUGAUAACAACCUGUAAAUACUCAGGUACCACAGAAAUAAAACAAAUGCGUAAAACAAAGAGUAAGUUUGAAAUCAUUGAAACAAAGUCAGCUGGUUAUGGUUUUGGGUUUGUUGUGAAUUUGACUGUCCCUGCUUGUACGUUGUAACUAACCCUAUCACCUGUAAAUGUUGUGUUUGUUUCAGGUGCUGGAGAAUCUGGGAAAAGUACAAUUGUCAAACAGAUGAAGUAAGUGUGGUUGGCUAUUGUCACGUUUAACAACACACCCACUGUGGCUGUGAAAUGUCAAAUACUGUUUGUUCAGAGAAGGAUCUGCUUACACUAGUGUUUUAGUACCUUUUACCUACGUCAGAUGCCAAAGUGAGUAAAUGACACACUUACCUAUGUAAGCACCAGAUAGGAAAUCAGACACUAUUGUCAACUAUUGUCAUCAGUGGAAAAUUUUCAUUUAAAUAAAGUUGUUGUUAGUUUUUAUCCUUAAAAAUUAACUAUGUCAUUGUUAUAUUUCUUUUGUGGGCAUUACACCACAGUGGAUUAAGAAACAAGUUGUGUAUUUCAGCUGGAAACAUUUUUUUUUUCUUUUGCUACUUGGUGAAUUUUUAGUAACAGGAAACUUAAGCAUGAAGAUCACAGCAUUUCGUUUAAGAACAUAAUAACUCUCAGUGUUGUGUAAAAAUCCUUGACCUAGAAAUAGGGCCUCAUUUCUUCGCUUUGUCUGUCAGGAUCAUCCAUGAGGCCGGUUACUCAGAGGAGGAGUGCAAGCAGUACAAGGCUGUGGUCUACAGCAACACCAUCCAGUCCAUCAUUGCCAUCAUCAGAGCUAUGGGACGCCUCAAGAUUGACUUUGCAGAUGCAGCCAGAGCGGUAGGUGCAGGAAGACGAAGCUGGUAUUGACGCAGUUCUUGGUGCAGUUAAGGUUGUGUUUCAAUGCAAAUAUGUAGCUCAGCGCUUUAAGGGCAACAGCCACUUUGUCACAUGUCAUAUUUAACCAGGAAUUUCUUGUCACGCUUCUUCUACAGCGAGUAAGACAGGGCAGGUUAUAAGUUGAGAAUCACUUUAAAACAUAUCAGUACAGCAGAGGCUUCCUGACAUGAGAACUCUACUUUAGUUAUAAAGUUGAUGAGGUCCUGUUGAUCUAGAUCUAGACAUCCUUAAGAGUUUCUCUCAUGAUGGUUUGGGCCGCUUGCCAACAAAGAUGAUAUUUACAGUGACUAUCAGGACCUUAAGUAUUUCAGUGGAGUGUUGCUGUGUUCUUUUUUAUUCCUGUGGUAUAUUCUUACUACAUACUGCAGGUAUAUUCUCCGCACAUUCCUUUGUAUUUUAUUAUAAUUCUUACUCCUAAUGCGUUUCUUUUGCACAUUGUUAAUCUGUGUUCUAGCAUAACAAAAGGCUUACUCAUGGCCUCAGCAUGAUUUGCCUUCUCUGUUAUGGCUACCAAUUUCACACCCCCUAAGAUUCUUUUGUUGAUUUUGUUCUCUCCUACAUCAAAGGUUUGGUCAAUGACCUGCUUAAAACCCCAUGCAGGUUUUGCAGUGUACUUUCAUGCAAAGGAACAGAUUGGAUACUUGAAUGUCUCUGUUAUUUCUGGGCUCACACUGACUGCAAACACUCUUGUUUGUCAGCAGCAGAGAACUCGGUCUGGGAUUUUCUUUGAUUAUGGAGGCCCUUAUUUAUUCAUUUGGUAUUUACACAUACCUGAUAAGACAAAGAGAGCAUUGUUCACCCAUGAUCCAAGCAAUGCACAAAUAAGUGUUACCAAAGCUGUUUCUUUUAAGAUAUAAGAUGUGCAUGAGCUAUUACUCACCUGCAGGUUUUCAGCUUCUAUGCACAACUGUGUAAGCUAUGUGUACAAAAGAGUUAACCAGAGGGCUCUGUCUCUGUAGGAUGAUGCGCGGCAGCUGUUUGUCCUGGCUGGUUCAGCAGAAGAAGGUUUCAUGACAGGAGAACUAGCCGGGGUCAUCCAGCGGCUGUGGAAAGACGGAGGAGUCCAGGCGUGUUUCAGCCGCUCCCGGGAGUACCAGCUCAACGACUCUGCCGCAUAGUGAGUCCUCAGUCGCUUCCGUCUAAAACCCAGGACACAUGAAAAUGUUAUGAAAAUCUUAGCGGAUUUUUUAAAUGUUAUAGAGACGGCGCAUGACGACCAAUGUUGACAGAUUUUUUUGUUUCACAAGCAACCAGCGUCCCAACUCUCAAAACUGUAAAUCCCGUGAAAUCUCUUUCAGUCAAAUGUGACUUUAGAGUAAACAAACAUGGCUGACUCUGAGAGCUAACUGUUGGUAGCUGCUUAGCUUCCAAGUACAUCCAUUGCAGUAGAGAUUUUUUUUCAAUGCUUCCCUUGUUAUUUCAGUGUCGGUACGUUUCACCAAAUCAACGUAGGGGGUUCAAUUGACUCUGGCUUCCAUCUACUUUAUAUUACACAUCUACUGUCGUUGCCAGGGUUGCAUUAAUUGUGCUUCCUUCUUCACUCAGCUUGCCUUUAGUGUGUAGUGUUGUUUGUGCCCUGCUCAAGCUGUUCAGUACCUCAUAUGACUGUUGCUUAGUUCCCACCCAUGAACGCCUUUUCUCUUCCCAAAGCUACCUGAAUGACUUGGACAGGAUAUCCAGCGGUGCAUAUGUGCCAACCCAACAGGACGUGCUGAGGACCAGAGUGAAAACCACUGGUAUUGUGGAAACACAUUUCACAUUUAAGGACCUGCACUUCAAGUGAGUACAAGCAGGGCAGUGUGUUUAGUCAUUUCACUGUAUUUACAUAGUGAUUUGUGGUGCUCUUUUAGUCUGUCUGCUCACCUGAGCCUCAGCCCACACUUCAGAUUUGUUCAGUCAUUCAAAUAAGUUUGGUUUUGCUCUCAUUGGCUGAUUCAGAGGUCUGGAGCAACAGUCUACCAAUCAGAGUUUGGUAGGAGGGAUAUCGAAUUGGAGAGUUAUAACUAGAUGAAUUUAUGGAAAAGUAGUUCAGAAAAAUGUAGAUAAGAAUGAUUAUUAAAUUUUCCUCGUGAUUGUUGUGUGGAGUUUUUUUUUAACGGUGUCUGUGAUUAUUCCACAGGAUGUUUGAUGUAGGUGGUCAGCGAUCAGAGAGGAAGAAGUGGAUCCAUUGUUUUGAGGGAGUCACUGCCAUCAUCUUCUGUGUGGCUCUGAGUGACUAUGACCUGGUCCUGGCUGAGGAUGAGGAGAUGGUAUAAACUUGCCUUAACUGUCCCUCCCUUUUGUCCUCAACAUGUUUAUAUGUUAUGUGGACGUAUAUUUUUUUUAUUUGUAUGUUUUCUUCUCUUAUUCAGAAUCGAAUGCAUGAGAGCAUGAAGCUGUUCGACUCCAUCUGUAACAACAAAUGGUUCACAGACACCUCCAUCAUCCUCUUCCUGAACAAGAAAGAUCUGUUUGAGGAAAAGAUCAAAAAGAGCCCCCUCACGAUCUGCUACCCAGAAUAUGCAGGUGAGAGACAGACAAACACACAUACAAGGGGGUGGGGGUGUGACUAAAAUUGGGUUUUAGCUGCUUUUAAUACCAAGAAUUCCAUGUCAUUUGCUGCAAUCUGUAUCUCAAGGUCUUAAUCACAAACCGAAUAGCACUGAUGAUAUUAAAGCUCAUCAACGCCUGCAAGUUCUACGGCUCUUUACUUCAGUUUUGCAAUUUACUGCGACUAAGAUAAGCUGAAAGCAAUGGAGGGGCUGCAUGAUACCCACAUAUAUGAUGAGCUGAUAGAUGGAAAAUCUUUACCCCCUUUUUUUUACAGAGAUUUAAAACAGAUGUGGCAUGAAUUUCACAGUUCAUGUUUGGUUCAGUUGCAGAAGUGUUCGAAUCCCGGACAGCCCUUGACUCAUGUAACCUGUGAUUGUAAAUAAAAGUAGACAUGAUGUACAGAUAUCAAACUUUUAGGAGGAAUCUUUCAGGUGGAAUUGAUCCCUGAAGAGUUUGAGUGUGACAUCAAUGCUCAUAACUAUUCCAGCACAACCUUAUUUGCAUUGAAAAGGGGCAUACUUUGCUCCAAAUGAAUACAUAAUGGCUAUUUAAAUGUAUGCAAACUGCACUGGCGCGCCAAGACGCUUUCUGCUCUGCAGUGCAGUUUGUGGCGCAUUUAACCCUCUACCUGUGCUACGUGGACUGGACAGUCUUUCAGGUUUGUUUGCACAGGUUAACCCUUGUGCACCCCUAAGAAAAACUUCCCUUAACACCCCUAAGGACCGAAACGGUCCCCUCCAUUUUGCUGGAGUAAAAAUAUGGUCUAAAUAAAUAUAUUUAAAUUUUUUUUUUUUUGGCUGCCAUCAUUGACUUAUAACCUAAUCAUGAAUAGCAAAACUUUAUUCAGGUUUUGUAUUUUAACCCCAUAAAUGCCAGUCUUUUUUGUAAAAACCUGAUAUUAUUUUAAGUCAAAAAACACAAUUAAUGAAUUAUUUUCCAUCCUAUAUAUGCAAAUUGUUUUUUUAAACUUUUGAUUAUUAGAGCAUGGGAUUGGUAAACAUUGAUGAGAAAAUGGAUUUGAAAGGAUUUGUAUUUUUUCUGUAGUGUUGAAUAAUAAUAAAAACUUCAAUUAAGACCCCUAAGGACCGAAACGGUCCCCUCCAUUUUGCUGCAGUAGAAAUAUUGUCUAAAUAAAUAUAUUAAAAAUUUUUUUUUUUGGCUGCCAUCAUUGACUUAUAACCUAAUCAUAAAUAGCAAAACUUUAUUCAGGUUUUGUAUUUUAACCCCAUAAAUGCCAGUCUUUUUUGUAAAAACCUGAUAUUAUUUUAAGUCAAAAAACACAAUUAGUGAAUUAUUUUCCAUCCUAUAUAUGCAAAUUGUUUUUUUAAACUUUUGAUUAUUAGAGCAUGGGAUUGGUAAACAUUGAUGAGAAAAUGGAUUUGAAAGGAUUUGUAUUUUUUCUGUAGUGUUGAAUAAUAAUAAAAACUUCAAUUAACACCCCUAGGGACCGAAACGGUCCCCUCCAUUUUGCUGGAGUAAAAAUAUGGUCUAAAUAAAUGUAUUUAAAUUUUUUUUUUUUUUGGCUGCCAUCAUUGACUUAUAACCUAAUCAUAAAUAGCAAAACUUUAUUCAGGUUGUGUAUUUUAACCCCAUAAAUGCCAGUCUUUUUUGUAAAAACCUGAUAUUAUCUUAAGUCAAAAAACACAAUUAGUGAAUUAUUUUCCAUCCUAUAUAUGCAAAUUGUUUUUUUAAACUUUUGAUUAUUAGAGCAUGGGAUUGGUAAACAUUGAUGAGAAAAUUUGAAAAGAUUUUUUUUUUUCUGUAGUGUAUUACACACACACACACACACACACACACACACACACACACCAUCCAUCCAUCCAUCCAUCCAUCCAUCUCUUGCUUUUAUGCACGCACAUCGAUGAUAUCCUCCCUCUUCAGGUGCUCGCUAUGAACCUUGUGCGUGCGCUCACACAUGCAUGCACGCACACACAAUCUCACACACAAUCUCAAACACACACACACAUACACACACCAUCCAUCCCUUGCUUGCUUUUACGCACGCACAUCGAUCAGGUGCCUGCUAUGAACCUCGUGCGCUCGCUCACACACACACACAAACAAUCAGACACACACACACACACACACACACACACAAAAACAAUCAGACACAUGCACACAUACACACACACACACACACACACAAACAAUCAGACACACACACACACACACACACACACACACACACACCAUCCAUCCAUCCAUCCCUUGCUUUUACGUAAGCACAUUGAUGAAGCCCUCCCUCUUCAGGUGCCAGCUAUGAACCUCGUGCGUGCGCUUACACACGCACACACGCACGCACGCUCGCACACACAAUCUCACACACACACACACACACACACACACACACACACACACACACACACACACACACACACACACACACACACACACACACACACACACACACACACACACACACACACACACACACACUCACACUCCAUCCCUUCCUCGCUUGCUUUUACGCACUCACAUUGAUCAGGUGCCCGCUAUGAACCUCAUGAGCUUGCUCACACACGUGCGCACACACACACAAUCAGACACACAAUCACACACACACAAUCAGACACACACACACACACACACACACAGAAGGAAACUGCAGGUGCAGAUUGUACAACUGCCGCUGUUUCUGGAAGGAUUUUGGCUAUUCUCAUGGCUGCAUAUGCACACACACACACACACACACACACACACACACACACACACACACAAGUAAUUCAUGAAAACACAUGCACAUAAUCCAUGAUGUCCCAAAAGCACACCUAAAUAGUUUUUAUUAAAUUUAUUUUCUCUCUAAAGAUGUUUAGUAUAUUUAGCCUGUAUUCAAUGUAUAUAUUUAGUAUUUUUAGUCUGCAUUGUACAUAUUUCUUCUUAUAUUUAAUUCUAUUUUGUAUUUUUUUGCUGCUGUAACAUGAGAAUUUUCCAGUUUGGGAUCAAUAAAUUAUAUAUCUAUCAAUCUAUCUAUCUAUAUGCAUGAAAUAAACCAGCUCUGUGACAAAGGGAAAACAGUGCCCCUCUGGUUCUAAAGGGUAUGGCAGGAAAAAAGAAAAAUGGCGCCAUCUGCUGGUCGGCAUAAAAAAAAAAAACAGUUUGACCCUCAAAGAAUAGGUGUACAUGAGAAAAAAAAAAAUCCAAAAAUUAUACUGCAUUGGCAGUGUAUUGAAAAAAACAUGUUUUAAUGGGAGUCAAUGGGACCGUUUCGGUCCUUAGGGGUGUUUACUGAAGUAUAAAAAUUGCUCACAUGCAAAAAAGGUUAAAGGAAGAAAAAAGAAAAAAAAUUAAAUUGCACCUAAAAUUACACACUUUGGCAAACUUUCAUGCCAUUUGCAUCAUCACAGCCAAAAUUAUCCACAAAAGUAUAGUUACAAAGGACCAAAACGGUCCCUAGGGGUGCACAAGGGUUAAGGAAGCGCAAAACUCACUCAAUCCUUGAAUCAGGCUGAUAGAGACAUGAGUAAUCAGAGUUGAUGAGUACUUCAUGGAAAUAUUGGGCUUCAUAUUGGUGUUUUAUGUAAGCCUGCAAGUCCAGGCAAAAAUGUGAAAGCAGAGUUUGAGGGAUAGAGUGAAUUUAUGAAAGAGUAUAAAUCGAAUACCGUAAUAAUAAUAAUAAUGUCUCCGGUCUGAUUUCAGAUUUGUUCAGUGUAUUAAAAAUGGUCAACCAGGUUAUUUUGAAUGAAAUCUCAAAUGAGUUCUCUACAGAUCAUAAAAGAAAUUGUAAUAUUCCUAAAGAUGAGGACACUUUGACAAACAUAAGAGAACAGACAUUUGUGUAGUUUGAUGAUGUGCUGUGGGCCCAAAGGGACACUGGCUUAAAUUCAGGUUUCCACUUUUCGAACCCAAGGUCAAUCUGUUGCACUUGGAGGGUGCAGCAAUCUCUACAGACCACACAAAGAUGUUUCUUUCUUCUUCUGGUCUAGAACUGUGUGGGCUGUUUCAUCCUCAGAACAAUAUGUUCUUGUUGGAUCUUUUAAUAGUUGUUGACACAUUUCAGGUAUUUAUCUAAGCUGAAAGAAAUUCAUUCCGUACUUUAUUAAGAACAAACUCUUACAUGAGGAAUUUACCAAGUUUUGCUUCAGUACAAGUUGUCACCAAGGAUAUUUCCCUUUCACCAUCCGACUUUCAUGUGAUUCAGACUUAUGUAAGAGUCUAACCUUUCCCUUCAGAUAUCCCACAGUAACAAGUCUCUCCAUUGUCAGAUGAAAAAGAGCAAAGCUAAUUUAGUAAAGCUGCUCUGCUGCCUGCAGGUCAAACUGCCAGUCAGUUAACUGACAAUUCACAAACAGUCGGUUUGUAGGCAUACAGUGCAGAUAUAUGAAGUACAACACAGGCUCGCAGAAACACUUUCAAAGUCAGAGGCCUUUGAAAUACCUUUUAAAGUGCUAAAGCAGUUCAGCACAUCUCUACCUUGACUUCUCUGUGUACACAGCCUCGACCUUUUCAGUUAUGCUGAAGGUGAUAAAGCUGUUUUUUUUUUUAAUACAUCAAGUGUCUCCUAAUAUAUGCAGAGUUUCCUCUGUAUUACAGGCUUCUGGCCUCCUGAGCCCAAAGGGAAGUUUUUGGUGUGCACAAAGGUGCCAGCCGUCUGACAAUCACAUGCUUUGCUGAGAAAGUAAAAGUGAGACUGUUGUUCUCGGGUUUUUUGUCCCCCUUGUGGUGCAGCCUGUCCUGUUUACUGUGGCCCUUCCUAUACUAUUGUUUCAUUUUAGUCAGUGUGUUUUUUUGAACACUCAGCACAAAAAGAAUUGUAGAUUGUAUGUAUACAUGAAACCAAACUUUAAAAGAAGGGGAGAAAUCAGCUGCUCAGGGCGUCCACAGACUGAAAUGUGAUGAUACUUUCCAUUCAAUAGCCUUGCUGUUUUUUUAUAUUGAGCUUGAACUCAACUUGUUCCUAUUUAGCAACUGGCUGUGCGUGGCCUUGUAGGACCAUAUGAUGUUGGCUGCAGGAUAAUAAGACACUGAACAGCGUUGUGCCUAUGAUUUGUUAUGCUCAAGAUCAGCUUCCAGUCACGCCUUUUUUCCUGCAUGAAAAAAAAAAAAGAAUGUCGUAACAAGCUUUGAUAUCAGGUCCAGUUCUUGAUUACUCUAUCCAAUUUUAGAAAAUCUGCAGAUUCUAACUGAGUUAUAAGUUUGGCACAGAUUUUUUUCUUGAAGUGAGCAGCACAGCAUCUCCUUCUCUCUCUCUUUGGUGAUGUUAAUCCCAACACUUGGCUGUUCCAGUCACCACAAGCUUAGCUUCCUUCAAAAGUAAUCUUAGCUUUCUGUCCUGCCAGUAACAGGUCCAUCUUUUCUAACUGUCAAGGCCAGUGCCGGGACAUGCUGAUGAUUAGAGGGUGGGAUGAAUAUUUGUGUCUCCACAGAGGCAGCAUCAUUAGCCUCAGGUGGAUGAGGAGAAGGAAAAAUGUCAGUUUAGUAGAUACACCUCCAUGUUUGAUAGUAUCAGACAUAGAGGUAUAUCUUUAUAUGUUCUUUGUGUCUCCAUCACUGUUUUGAUACUUUGAUUCCUGAGAUUUUGAAGUCUGAAAAUGGAUGUGAUAUAAUACUCGAACAACACUGCUCAUCUUGCUUCCUCACAAAUGUAUCCUCUGCGCCCUGUUCUCUUCCUCAUCCUCCUCCCUCUCCUCCUGCAGGCUCCAACACCUAUGAGGAGGCAGCAGCUUACAUUCAGUGCCAGUUUGAGGACCUGAACAAAAGGAAGGACACCAAGGAGAUCUACACCCACUUCACCUGUGCCACCGACACCAAGAACGUGCAGUUUGUGUUUGAUGCGGUCACCGACGUCAUCAUCAAAAACAACCUGAAGGACUGUGGCCUUUUCUAAAGGUAACAGCUGCACCUGAAAAGUUUAUGUUUGUCGGGUCACAUAUUUUUCAAAGUACUCAUGGUUUCUUGUCUUGUUUUCUCUCUGGUCUAGCAGAUCGGUAGCCAGCUUUCUAAGUGACUUUAUCCAAGGGGACUCUGACUGGAGGGGACGUUGUGCACCCUGCUGAGAAUGUCACUUUUAACCUCUUAUUAACUUAUGUUCAUCUCUAAAAGUUUUAAAGACGGUGUGUAGAAAAAAACAUUUUGUGUAAAGUAUUUGUACAACUGUCCAUGGCCGGGGGUUUUUCACAGUUUUUAAAAUGUGCUUCUUUUACCGUAAUAUCAUUAUUUUAAAUUUUUAUAUGAAGGGGGGUGGGCGGGGAGGGGGGUUCUCUUUUUUUUUUUUUUUUUUUCUUUUUUUUUGUCCAUGAAAGAACAGUUUUUAUCUUUUUGUUUGUAGGUGCUUGUGCCUUGCAUGCCUUAGUUGCAGUGUUUGCUUUUUUGUUGAAGUAGAUAAUAGGCUCAUGUAGAUAUUACUGCUGAACUCCUCCAAAGUCCCCAAGGCCAUGUUAUCUUUUUUUUUUUUUUUGCUCUGAUUUUUUCAUUGUGGCAUCAUUUCUGCCUUGUUAGAAAAACCAAGAAAGACCAAGUCACUCUAUAGACCAAUUCACUCUGACUCUGACAUACUGUGAGAGCUGUGUGUUGACCCUUGUGAAUGUGUGGUAUAUGUGAGUGAGAGCUUUGUUUCGAUUGAGGCCAAAAGCCAAAGUGAAUGAUUUGUGUUUGUGUGAGUGAAAGACUAUAAAACAAAGGGACUAUUCCUUUACUUGUCAUCCUCCUUCAAAGUUGUAUUUUUCUAAGUGACCAAAAAGAAACUACUCUCUAAUUAACGAGUGCACGUUGUCGGUGCACAUUUCUGAUUGAAUCGAGAACUCAAGAGAAGCUUUGAACAGAGGAUGCCAAUCUUGGCUUUGUAGCAGACCGUAGGACCACAUGAAGAAGUGUUCAGUGCACAGAGAGAAAGGCAGGUGCACUGUCACUGAUCAGGAUCUGUAAUGGUUUUGAGUUACAUAUCCCUCCUGAAACCCCACCCCUUCAUUGGAUGGGCACAUUAGUGGACUAAUCUCCAUGAUUUUGCUAAUAAAAGAGUUGCUUUGGUGAAACCAUUGUAACUUAUGCAAUACACCG